AUGCCAACGCCACAGAGCCAUGAUGUGGCCCUCCUACCAAGUGAUAUAUUUUGGAUGAUCAUGACAUAUCUGGAACCAAGCGAGAUUGUCCGUUGUCGUCGCGUCUCACGCGCUUGGAAUGAAGCAUUUAGCAAUCCAUCCAUUCUCCUCCCACUUUUGAAAAGACAUUUCCCAUGGACAAAAGAAGUCAAAAGCAUAAACACAGAAUCCAAUAAUCAACAUCAAAGUAACGGUCUUUCUCUCUUUGACAAAGUCGCUUCUCGAUACAUGUACCUGGAACGAGGAAAGCCCCGCUCGAUCCAAAAAUAUCGACUCUGCAAUAACUUCGGCAGGACUGAAAAGCGCGAAUGGUACGAAGUGCAGCCAUGGGAGUCUCACUCAGCCUCCUCCAGGGCGCUUGUUGAACGGCCAUUUCCCGAGGCGCGCUGGACCGUCGAGAAUAACCUAAUAGUUUUCCCCAGCGCCGAGCACGAAGUUCUCGUGCUGAUGGAUUUGGAAACGGACCGGAAAUUCAUGGUACCAUUCAUAAUCUGCGGGAAUAUUAUUCGUCGCAUUCGGCUGGAAAAGCGGCUACUUGUUAUUGAAUGGGCUGAUCCAAAAGCAUUCCACUGGCUAAAUGAUAGUGACGGCGUGCACCGCCACUUUGCAUCCUCGUUCGAUGUGACGAAAGGAGUCAACGAUAGCUGGAGUAUUACUCCACGAAACGAGUGGAAGAUCAUGUUCCUGGGCCAUCCGCUCAGCGAGCGGGAUCGCUUCUUCUCUGCACAUAGCAACACGCACUAUGUAAUCUAUAUCUGGCAGCCGAAUCGCAGUCUGUACACUGCAGAUGAGGAUGCGCCCAUUGAAUCUUUGUUUGUCUGGGAUAUUUCGAAAACGUCAUCAUAUCGACCAUCAUUGGAUCCCGCAGGACGAAACGCACCGGACGACGCCCCGUGCAUCGUGUCAAGGUUCGGCUUCCAGGAUCUAGAAUUUUUCGGCGUCCGCCAACGGGGAUAUCCCAAUUUCCAGCGAUUGGAAAUCACAAAGAACUCUCAGGCAAUAGAAAUUACAGAAAACUUCGGCUCUCGACCAGAAGGAGGGCUACCCCAUGCAAUCACUACAAGCAUUCCAUUGACGGGCUACGGGCCUCAUUGGCGCCGGGAUCGUCAGCGUGCUCUACCUCCUUAUUGGGGGAACUCUAGUCUUCAUAGUGAAUUCAUGAGCCCUGAUGAUUUUAGUGAAGAUUUUUGGAGUCGGGCCAUUUCCCAAGUCACUGAUGGAGAUCAUCUUCGAUUUGUUCUUCAUUUCCAGCAAAUGCUCCGGAUGGGUAAACGCGUUACUGAUUUGAUUAUUUGGAUACCUUGGUCGAAGGUCACCAUUGAAAAUGUGGAUUUCACAGGCCAGGGGAAGCUCGCUGGUUGCGAGAAGUAUCUUUUGGGAGAAAACAAAAGCCGAGAGCUCGUCAUCUACCGAUUUGAUAGGUGA